UGGGUGGAAAACUACGAAUCGUGUGGCGUCUUCUCUUUGUUUCGAGGCAGCGCUUCAAAGAGAGAAGAAGUAAGGAAAGCGUAGUCAGUUUGCUUGCCAUAGAAAGCGUAGACAUAGGUUGUUCCAGGCAGACAGUUAAAAUGGGAACACAACAAUUUUGUUUGAAGUGGAACAACCACCAUUCUAACAUGCUAUCAGUAUUUGAACAAUUGCUGUCAAACGAAGCUCUUGUUGAUGUGACUUUAGCGUGUGAGGGUGUCAGCAUUAAAGCCCACAAAGUAGUUUUGUCUGCAUGUAGCCCAUUUUUUCAAACUCUUUUUGUAGAUAAUCCAUGUAAACAUCCCAUUGUCAUUAUGAAAGAUAUGAGAUAUGUUGACUUGAAGGCUAUUAUUGACUUCAUCUAUCACGGUGAGGUAAAUGUUUCUCAAGACCAGCUGUCAGCUUUGCUAAAGACAGCAGAAACUUUAAAAGUGAAAGGACUUGCAGAAGUAGGUGGUGAAAAGCAAGGAGAUAAGGGAGGAACACAAGAACUAGUACAACAACCAAUAAACAAUUCAUCUGCUUUACAAUCUAACAAUCAGCACAGAGCUGAAACACCACCAAUUCAUAAAAGAAAGAGGGGGAGGCCAAGGCGACGGUCGGGCUCCAGUCACAGUGAUACUGAAGACCAGGUGCCAUCAAAAAUAAAACAACCAGAUUCUCCAGAAAUCAUCAGUGAUAUCAGCAGAGAUGGAGUAGUUGAUGCAUCACAGGAAGUCAACCAGAGGUUAUCUCUGAGCCAGUCUCGUGUUCCUUCUCUUUCAUCUAGCCAAAGUGUUAAUUCUUCUCACAAGUCAUCCCAUUCUAUGUAUUCAUCAGUUCCUUCUCAACAAGAAUCAGGUGCUACGAUUGAAGAACCUGCUAUUACAGAUUCAAACUUUGACUUAGAGCCUUCAAGACUAAUGGAGCAGACUAUGACUGCAGGAAGUGGGGUUUCAAUGUAUGAACCUCCUCCAGUGUUAUCAUCAACUUCAUCAGCAUUAGCUCUUCCAUCAUCAUCAGCAUUGAGAGAAGCACAGUCAUCGAAUUCUGUAGUUGGUAAUCAAGCAAUCAUUCCCACCUCAUUACAUUCUGCCUCUGAUUCAUCUGCCUCAGGACUUGGAACUCAGGACACACUAGAAGAUAUCAAGCCUUUUGUAUCAUUUGAAGAGCCUCCAGUCACAGCUUCCGUCCAAUCACAAGACAAUAGUAAUGCUAUGAUACCAUAUAUGGACACGUCAGGAGUUGCAGCAAUACCAGGACCUAGUAGUUAUCAACCUGACAUGAGCUUAACACCAUCACAAACAUCUCAACAGCCUUCUCAAGACCAAAAGUAACUAUUUAACAAGCAACUUGUAGCAUGUACUUUUGAGAACUGCCUAGACAACACAUUGAAGUCCUGUAUAAGAUGAAAAACGUACAAACUAAGUUUAGUGAAAUUUUCAGAUAAGUGACAAUGCAAAUCGGCAACAGCUUUGAGACGUUUGUACCGUAGCUUUGUUGGAAGUAAAUAAUUCAAAAUCACAGGAGAGUAUUUUAUCAUGGAUAACACUAAGACAUGAAUUUUAACUGAACAAGUUGUAAUAUCCCACUAACCAGAUAUCUUUCGAUUCAAAUAUGGAUAGUUUUAGAUUAUUAAAUUAUUCUAGACUGAAUUGGCUUUUUUUUUUUUUUCGAUGGUCAGCUUCAAUUGCAUUGGACGGUUUUUACUGGAAGUGACACAUUUUAAACGGAUUAUUUGGGUCAUAAUUUAUUAGUAUGCAUUUUAAGUUAAUAUUCAAAAGUAAAGAAACUCGAUUAAAUUAGUGGUUAUAUUAGUUUAUGAAAUCUUGUGCUUAAAGCUAGCAAUUUUUGUGGGAUAUAGUUAAUUUUUUAUGUAACAGAGUACAAAGAAAAUCGCUGAACAGAACAUUGACAUGUUAAGUUUUUUUUAUUAUUAUAAAAACUUAAUUAGUAUUUAAAUAUAAUUUUAAGAAUAUAAGAUAAUCGAAAUAUUUUUGUGCACAUGUGAUUCACUCCAAAAACAUAAGUAAAAUUUACUAUUCUUUUAACAUACUUGAAUAGGAAAGAUGAUUUCUACAUAUCGAAUAACACUAACGAAGAAACGAAAUUUUGGAUUUAAUUUUUUUUAGAAAAACGUGUACGUAUACGGGAAUAACUCUAGAGGGAGUGACGUAAGUAUGGAGAAGGUUAGAGGGAACGAGUUUUAUAUGAUUUUAAUUAAAGGGUGUUAUUUACAUGCGACAGAUUGAGUGUGCAUUAAUAUUAAGUAUUAUGUCGAUAAAAAAGUCAUAAUAAAACAUAUAUUUAAAUAUGUAAUUUUAAAAAGUUUGGUAUCUACGUAAAAGUGUAUCGUCUCAUUUACCCAUCAAUGAACACUAGCCUUUUUUAUUCAGUUGUGUAUCAAAGUAACUGUUUGAACGUGAUGUAAGUAUACGAGAUAUUACUUAAAGUAUAUGCUUUUAAGAAAAGACGUUACUUUAUUAGGCUUAUCCUCAGUGCGUGUUUACAAGAAACUGUUAUUGUGGAAAUAUACGUCAUAAUUCAUUAAUUUUAGAAAAGUGAGCUCAUAAAUAUUGCAUGUGAAUAGCAAUACACAUUACUUAUGAAGAGUAAAUUUGGAUUAAUUUAGCUAUCUCACUUUCUGAAGUUUCUGUGCUAGAUAUUAAAAUUAAUGCAUCAUAUUAUUAAUAGAUUAAAUAAAAGUAAAAACAAAGAAUGGAAAAGAAAAACUGGGUAUUCACUAUGACACGUAUGUGAACACUUAUUUGAUUUGAAAAGCACGGUUGUAAAGAACAUGAGAGAAGCGCAAAAUAUCAUCAAAUGUUAAAUAUAGCCAUUUCGUGUGAAUAAAAAAAAGAAAAUAAAAAAGCUUCAUACUGUUGGGCCAACGCUAAUUAGAACGUUUGGCAAAAGAAACUAAAUAUUAUUUAUAAAUGAUCUUACUGUAUGUAUUCCACCCAAGAAGGUCAACAGUGAAGUCUUACAUUUACAAUUCGUAGUUGCGUGACUGCUACUUGUACAUCUUGAGAAAAGAGAUAGCGAUGUUUCUAAAGUAUGUACAUAAUCUUUUAAUAGUUGCUAGUUCUAAGGUUUAAACAUGAGGAAAACCUAUUUUCAGUCUCAACACGUAGACAAACUUCUGUAUGAACAGGUCUAAGAAUGAAUUAGACAUCUAAUGAGUACUUCACAAUGACAUGCAAUAAUUAUAUCAUUAAAUUAGUCUUGCAAACUUAUUUGUAUCUGGGCGAAGAAACCGACACUUUAAGCUCUACAAAACACAAUGAGCAAACGUACCGAAACUUGAUUAAGAACAUUGGAAAACUGGAAAAUCAGUUCUCGAAACUUCAUUGACAUGUUGCAGGUGCACUUCACUGGCUGACCUUUUAAGCUGCAACAUGUAUGCUCAGUCAAAUUGAAGUUUCGAAAUAGAUAGUUGGUCAGCCAGCAUUUUUUUUUUUAUUAUACAUAUUUAUAGGACUAUAUUCUGCUGCCAUUCUUGUAUCAUUACGAUCUACAUAUCAAGGGAGUUGACACAGGAGCAACGCCGGACAAGUUUUAAGCUCUAGGUUUGGGCACCUUGGUAAUUUCGAAGCUUGGGCCGUUUGAUGAUUAAGUACUUUCAAUUACAAUUUCACAUUAAUAUCAACAUUCAGGCAACGGUUGUGCAAUAAUAUACUGUUUACAGUUUCUUACUAAUUUGCUAGAAAUCUUAAAUUUAAAAAGUAAGGAAUAACACGAUUUCGUUUACAUUUAGAAAAUGACUAUUUGCGCAGUUUAAGGAAAUUUUUUACUAUUCUUCGGUGCGUAGUUAAACUAAACUUGGAGAAUUAAUUUUAACAAAGAUUAACAACAAUUAAAUCUAUAUAGUUCUUUUGUGCCGAUCAGUAUAAGCAAAUACUAGAAUGGAAAUCAAAAACAUCCUUGGUAAUUAACAUUUGACGUAUAGGAUUUACACUCAACUUCAACAGUUACUUUUAUUAUUGAGUAAUGAUCGUCACAAAAAUUCGGAUUUUUACAAAAAUUUUAGAGAGAGAAGAAAACUCAAAUCUUAGUCUAGUGCUUAUGAAUUUUUAAUUUAUGAUUUGUUAGAUAUUAAAUUGUGAUUCAAUAUUUACUUUUGUAACUUCAUAUGUAUGGAUGGAAAGAUUGAGAUAAAGGUAUCGAUUUCAUAAGUUUUUUUUUUAUGGGUCAAUGAAUAUGAGAAUUAAGUACUCUGGGAAUGAGUAUAAUUACAACUAUUUGGGUCAUUAAGACGUUAGUAUUUGGCCUUUCACAUUUUUUAUAUACUACAUUCUUUUAUCUAAUACCCUGGGGGCGCCCAUCAGUGGCACGGCGGUAUGUCUGCGGGCUUAUAACGCUAGAAUCCGGGUUUCAGUACCCGCGGUGGGCAGAGCACAUAGCCCAUUGUGUAGCUUUGUGCUUAAUUACAAACAAACAAACUGGGGGCUAGAUUUGUUAUAUCCACUUGAAAAAUCGUCGAUAUCGUAUUGAGACCAGAAAAACUGAGGUAAACUUAAAAAAGAACAUCUUUGAAAUAAACAUGGAAAGAGGUGGCAAUAACAAUGUAUUUCAAGAAUAAGAUCUCAACACAAAGUUAAUUAGUUGUGCGUUAUAUUAAAUGAAUAUUUAUCAGAAUGUAGGUGUGGAAA